CAGCCUGGAAUGGUUGCUUAGGAAGCUGGCUGACUGACUGACUGACAGUCAAAUCUUUAGGCAUGUAUAAUAGUGUCUACCCUCUGGCUGCCAGUUGCCUCCCCUGAGGUUAGGGGAGUGUGUCAGAUGGACAGAGGAGGGAUGGAAGGAGGGGGGAGGCAGCCUGUGUCUGUACACUGUAGUCUUGCUGUUAUGUGCACACAGCAGACAAGCUGUACCGUGUUUAUGGAUGCCGAACAACACUGCUGGGUCUCUCUCCUCCUCUCCCUCGCUGUCUGAGGAACUACUAACAUGAUGAGAGCAGACAGGAGAAUCGUGAUGCUGCUGACAUUCCUCUGUUAUUCCUGCUACCUGUGCAGCUCCCUAGGAAUUUCCAACCUGUCUUCCUAUGCAAAGACUGAAGAUAAGCUUUUCAAGGAACUCUUCAGGAACUAUCAGAAGUGGGUGAGGCCAGUGGAACACCUGAAUGGCACAGUGAGGGUCAAGUUUGGGCUAGCGAUCUCUCAACUUGUUGAUGUAGAAUGGGUAGAUGUCAAGCUGCGGUGGAAUCCUGAUGACUACUUGGGAAUAACUUCAAUCCGAGUUCCUUCUGAUUCAAUCUGGAUCCCUGACAUUGUUCUGUAUGACAAUGCUGAUGGGCGGUUUGAAGGUUCAGUCACCAAGACGGUGGUUAAGUUUGAUGGUACCAUUUCCUGGACACCGCCAGCCAACUACAAGUCCUCCUGCACCAUCGACGUCACUUUCUUCCCCUUUGACCUGCAGAACUGCUCAAUGAAGUUUGGGUCCUGGACCUAUGAUGGUACCCAGGUGGAUAUCAUCCUGGAGGAUUUCCAUGUGGACAAACGAGAUUACUUUGACAAUGGAGAGUGGGAGAUUGUCACGGCCACAGGCAGCAGGGGUGUGCGGACAGAUGGUUCCUGUUCUUACCCUUUCAUCACCUACUCCUUCAUCAUCCGCCGGCUGCCCCUCUUCUACACCCUCUUCCUCAUCAUUCCCUGCAUAGGACUAUCCUUCUUGACCAUACUGGUGUUCUACCUGCCAUCAAACGGGGGAGAGAAAAUCUCCCUUUGCACCUCAGUGCUGGUGUCUCUCACUGUCUUCCUCCUCGUCAUAGAAGAGAUCAUCCCCUCCUCUUCCAAGGUGAUUCCACUGAUAGGAGAGUACCUGGUCUUCACCAUGAUUUUCGUCACCCUCUCCAUUGUUAUCACUGUCUUUGCCAUUAACAUCCACCACCGCUCCUCCUCCACCCACCAUGACAUGGCCCCAUGGGUUCGGCGUAUCUUCCUGCACCGCCUGCCCAAGCUCCUGUGCAUGCGCAGUCAUGUGGACCGCUAUGCAACAGCCGCAGGUGGAGAUGUUAAAAGUCCUGGGUUCGAAACACCCUCUUCCCGAUACAACCUGCAGGCAGCACUGGACUCCAUUCGUUACAUCACUCUCCAUGUGGUGAAGGAGAAUGAAGUCCGUGAGGUGGUAGAAGAUUGGAAGUUUGUGGCGCAGGUGCUGGAUCGAGUGUUCCUUUGGACAUUUCUCCUUGUUUCAGUUCUGGGAUCCAUUCUUCUCUUUAUUCCUGUCAUUUACAAGUGGGCCAAUAUCAUUGUCCCCAAUUAUGUGGGUGGCAGCAGCUAAGAGCUAAGCAAAACAGCAGGAGCCGUGCAUCACAGCUCUUCUUUCUUGAACACUACUUCCACCCCUGAGAUACUUCUUCAGGAAGAUUCAGUUUCAGGAGAAAGACUCGCCAAAUGUAUGUGUAAUCAACUUCAUUCUUAAAAAUGAACUUGUCAUGACCCCUGUUUGGUGUUUACACAAGAAGUAACAAUUUAACAAUUACCAUUUCUUUUUAUUUGUGAUACCAUAGAAGUUAAUUACUGUAAAUGAGAUGCACUUUUUCUUGCCAUUUCUUAUAAGCAUAUGAGGUGUUGGAAAGAGCACGGUUAUAUUUCAAAUUUAAGAUAACGUUCCCAUUGACCAUCCAUGGAUCAAAGUAAGGCCUUCCCAUUCAGGUUGUGGUCUACGAGAAUGUAAAGCACUUUGAAUUCUGUUCCACACUAGUGAGAAUGUUAGAAAAUGUUAGAUGGAUUCCAUUAAAAUGAAACUCUUUCUGGUUAAUGCUAGAAAAGACAUUGUUGAUCCAUAUUCUUUGAAACAUCUGAAAUCAGGCUUUAAAGCCAGUGAGACAGUUACUUGUCCAGAAUGCACAGAAAACAAAUAGUAAAAGAGUAAAGACAGUGGUAUUGCUCAUUAUUCCCAAAAAAUCUAUCACAUUAAUGUAUAAUGUGUAAUUAAUGUGUGAUUUUACUGUUACUGAUUAAUGUGCUUUUAAAAACAUACAGUAAUGUGCAUGGAGAAUCUAUGCAACUUUAGCAUGGUUUAUCAAAACUCUCCAUGGUUACAGGUGUAAUCUUUUAAAUUUUGAUGGCCUUUUACUACUGGUGUAUCUGUUUACUACUGCUGUAACAGAAGCAAGAUACAGAAAUAUGGGACUGUCAGCAAUGGGAAUGCCCAGUUCAAUAAAAGUAGUGUUUAUAUGCAUUUAAAUACCAAUAAAAUAUAUUGCAAGUCUUGUAUAUUUA